GUAACCCCCUGCGCCAUAAAUUUGAUGCCGUCACGCUCGUCACGCACCCGGUUUCGUUACGUGGUCGUUGAGAAAAAAAGCAGCUUGAUGCGGUAAAAAACUGGAAGAGAUCGCCGAGGAAACAAGAGCACCGUUUUACGAAAGAAACCUAUUCCUGUUAAGAUGAAUCCUGAACAGCCACCUCCGUAUCCGGGCCCUGGCCCCUCCGCUCCAGGAUACCCCGCCCAAGGAUACCCUGCCCAAGGAUACCCCCCAAACAUGGAGCAGCCCCACCCUGGAGCCUACCCCGCCUACCCCGCUUACCCCCAAGGGCCUGGGGGGCCCUACCCCGGUCCGGGACAGCCCCCCUACCAGGGGUACCCCGCGCCCCCGCAGCCACAGUUCGGCUGGCAGAACGGGCCGCCACCCGGACCCAUGUAUGCGGAGGCCCCCAAAAACACAGUGUACGUUGUUGAGGAGAGGAGGCGUGAUGACGUGGGGGACUCCUGCCUGACUGCCUGCAUGACUGCGCUCUGUUGCUGUUGCCUUUGGGACAUGCUGACCUAACACCCCUGACCCCUGACCCUGAACACCUCAGCAAACCCAGUCUUGGAGUGGAGUGGGGGGGGUUUCAGGAGGAGCGAAAGUCGGAAUUAUGUGGAACUGCUGAUUUAAGGAUUAAAGGCACCGCAGGUCUCCACCCCACCCCCCCUGCCCCCGCUAGCCCCACCCCAACCCCUCCCACUGGCCUUGCACUGUCUUCUGAUAGGUUACAGUGUAGCCCUGAUGCCAUGCCUAGCACAGCCCUGGGGCUGUAGCCUGCUUUUAAAUGAACUGAUGUUUGUCUUAAAAUAACAUUUAAUCUGAGAUUUAAGUUAAAUUAUACACCGCCUUUUGAAAGAUUGAAAUUAUAUCUGUUCAUGUUAAUGUAUCGUAUGUAUUAUUUUAAGAACCUUUCAUUUAUAUUGAUUAUAAAUACAUAAUUAAACCUGGAGUUGGAACUGUUGUUUUUAAUACUUACAUUCCUAGAUGGUAAAAACUAAAUUAACUGCAACUGAUUAAAAAAAAUGCUAUUUACCAAUGCAAGAACAUGAGAAUUGCACAAAGAAUAAAAUAUGUUGUUAAAAUAAAUUAAAUAAGGAAUGAUAUUUCUUUAUGUAUACUGCUGAUAUGAUUUUGAAUGCAGAGAAUGGGAAAUGUCUUGUUUGGUUUGGUUAUCUUCUUUCUUUUCAAACAUUGGAGCAAUGCAUUGUGGGAUUGCUGUUUCUCUGUCUCUGUAGUCUCCCCUUUCUGAAGAGGCAGUGAUUGAUCUUGGUAUCCAGGGAGGUGAUUUUACUGGUUAUUGAUUUUCAUUAAUAUAUUUUAUGUAUACACCAUUUGUUUUGAAUUGUAUUAUUUAUUGUAAUUUCUGUCUUGAAUGCACGUCCUUCUGGUGUGGUCAAAGAAGUGGGAAAUAAAGUGUAAUCUCAA